AUUUAGUCACAUCCUUUUCAUCCAUCCAUACGUAUAAAAUAGAUAAAGUUUUCACAUUGUGUUAGCAAAAAUGAAUUCCAAGGCUUUACUUUUUCUAGCUAUGUUGUUGGCUUCCAUCCUUCUCAGUUCUGCUGAGACUGCACCCAAAGACUUGGACAAGAAUCUUGACAACCAAGAUGAGUUCUAUGAAACAAAUGGGGUAGAUGAAAGCCAAUAUGUAGGCGGUCCAUGGCGUGGUGGUGGAAGUGGUUAUGGUGGAGGUGGUUACGGUGGAGGACAUUACGGCGGAAGAUAUUGUCAUCACGGUUGCUGUGAUUGGGGCUACCAUGGAAGCUGUAGAAGGUGCUGCUAUCCUCGUGAACAUCAUGUUGCUGAUAUUGAUGCUGAACCUCACAACUAAGCACAAAGGAUAGAAACUUGUAGUACUAAAAAGUCUAAAAGUGUGUUCUUCUAGUAAUAAUAAUAAGUAUGAAUAAAACUUCAUGAGAAUAUGAAGUGUAUGUAGUUGUAAUAGAUAUGUAAUAAAACUGGAAAUCUUUGCUUGUAAAUUAAACCGUCUAAAAAUAUACUUGUAAUGUUAUAUUUUCUC